AUGGGCACCGCCUACUCAUGGAUCCGGGCAGUGGCCUGGGCGAAGGGGCACUGGUAUCAUGCUGCCACCACGGCCAGCGUGUUGGGUCUCACUGGCUCGUUUUCGGUCGGGAUGGCAUGCGGCAUCUUCCGCAAGUGCGACAGCGACCCUUGCGGGACGCCCAUGAACAAGGACUUUUUCGACAAACCGGCUUGCAACUACUGGGAACAUGGCGGAGAUAAUAUGUUGCCCAUGAGGAAAAGAGAUUCGUCAGGGACCACCGUCACGGUGAUAAACGGUAUGAAGAGGUGGGGUCGAUCGAACCAGGGAGACUAUGGCCACGACGAAGUCCCCGGAGUUACGAUAUACAGCAGCAAUAAUGUUGGCGAAGGCGGCGGUGCGUUGGAUGUGUUUGGUGAAGAGGAAGAACUCGCCGUCACCGUUCCUGGCACCACGGUACCGGACUGGAUAUACAUCACCAAUGCCGGGGAAAUGCCCCUCUGUAUGGCCGGCGUGCGCUUGACGGCUCCUGACGGCUCCGAAAUCACCAUGACGGGCAACUUGGGGAGGAUCUGUGGUGCAGAUCACUAUGAGUCUGCGUUGACGGUCCUCCCCAACGCCCAGGGGAAAGCUGCGUCCUGUGUUUGGAUCGAUCGCCAGGGGUCAAACGGUAUUCGACUGCCCGGUAUUAGCUUCAACCUGCAGACUGAUGAGAAGGACCUGGAUUUCUACACUAUUACUUCGGUAGAGGACUUGUGUCGGGCCCCGUUUAUAAUGUUACAGGACGAUCAGCCUUCAAGUCCUCUUUCACGACGGCAGCUGAUUGCGCCCACAUUCUCGCGCGACGACAGCAUCACCCCAAACCUCGACUUCGACUCGGCGCUUGUCAAAAGCAGCCUGAACCUCUCUAGCGCGGUACAAAUGUGCCAGAGCGAGUCCGCCAAGGGUCCGCAUUUCGUGAGUCUCUCCGAGGGGGUUUAUUGCGACAUGUUCACAAGAGAGCUUUAUCCUGUGUGUCAGAACGGUAUUGGCGGCAGGGAAGAGAGGGAGAUCUGUUUCGACCCGGAGCAAGACGAGCUGGUGGAGAGGGAUAGGGACGAAGAUGGACUGCCUUCUCGUCCUAGAAGAAGGUUUGUGGAACGCGAUCAAGGGAGUUCAAGACCUAGACGAGUCAAGGUCUUGAAGACGUUCCGACAUGUCGAUACUUGGAAUUAG